AUGGCAAUACCCGGCCAGUCGAAUUCCGUCAUUGCUGAUGGUAUACCAGACAACUACCAAGAAUGGUUUGCUGUUCGACAUGGCGUGUACGAUACUUUGUUUCGAGAGCGCUACAAGACGGAUUGUGUCAGCAGUAUGGAUGCCGAUGUUUCGAACCUAGACGUUCUGGACGAGGAUGUUGAUCAAAUAGGAGUUGUGAUGGAUGAUCUGUUGGAGGUGGUAAUCGCGUCGGUUUUCGUUGUGUCAACCUCAAUUUCUUGGGCGCAAAUCGUGUAUCUAAAGAAGUUCACAGACGUUACAGACAUGCUCUUCCAUAGUGGUAAAAAAGACGCAAAUGUCGUGAAGAUACACGACAAAGAAAAAAUAUUUCUCGAAUAG